ACUGAGAGAGCCCGUAACUCUCCCCCAAGUCAUGAGUCAUGACUAUUUCACAAUUCCAACCGCCUCUUGCGUGCUCUUGAGGAAACGAUCCCACAUGCGUCCUCUUCGUUGCCCCCUUCUAGUCCGAUCGUAAUCGAACUCUUGGGAUUUUCAUUCCACGCGUUUCGUCUCUUCUAAUCACACGAUUUACUUGAUUUCGACUUGUUGUUUCUUCUUCUUCCCUAUUACUGUGCGAAUUUUGAUUUGCAGGAUUCAAAGAUGUUGGAAGAUCAGGUAGCGUACUUGCUACAAAGGUAUUUGGGCAACUAUGUGAGGGGAUUGAAUAAGGAAGCUCUUAAGAUCAGUGUUUGGCAAGGAGAUGUAGAGCUGAAAAAUAUGCAACUUAAACCAGAAGCACUUAAUGCUUUGAAAUUACCUGUGAGGGUUAAAGCUGGAUUUCUUGGAUCAGUGAAACUCAAGGUACCAUGGACCAGGCUUGGACAGGAGCCUGUAGUGGUUUAUCUUGACCGAAUUUUUGUAUUAGCGGAACCCGCAACUGAUGUUGAAGGACGUAGUGAAGAUUCUAUCCAGGAGGCAAAAAGAAAUCUAAUACGGGAAAUGGAAACGAAACUAGUAGAAAGAGCUCGUCGACUACAGACUGAAAUGAACAAAUCAUGGAUGGGAUCAUUAGUCAACACAAUUGUUGGAAAUUUGAAGCUGUCAAUAUCAAACAUUCACAUAAGAUACGAGGAUCUAGAGAGCAAUCCUGGCCACCCGUUCUCAGCUGGUGUUACACUAGAGAAACUCUCAGCUGUAACCAUUGAUGAGAGUGGAAAGGAGACUUUUAUUACUGGUGGGACUCUGGACUCCAUCCAAAAGUCUGUUGAACUUGAUCGGCUUGCAUUCUAUCUUGAUUCUGACAUCUCUCCAUGGCAUAUCGACAAACCAUGGGAGGUUUUAACUCCUUUUGAGUGGGAUCAGAUUUUUAGAUUUGGCACAAAGGAUGGUAAGCCAGCUGACUGCCUCACGAGAAAGCAUUUCUAUAUUCUGCAACCUGUAUCAGGGAAUGCGAAGUACUCUAAGUCUCAAGCAAACGAAUCUUCCAAUACUGCUCAACCGUUGCAGAAGGCAUAUGUAAACUUAGAUGAUGUGACACUUUGUUUAUCAAAGGGAGGAUACAGGGAUGUCAUGAAACUUGCUGAUAACUUUUCUGCGUUUAAUCAGCGUUUGAAAUAUGCACAUUACCGUCCAUCUGUUCCAGUGAAAAUCGAUGCAAAAUCUUGGUGGAAAUAUGCUUACAGAGUUGUUUCAGAACAAAUUAAGAUAGCAAGCGGGAGAAUGUCAUGGGAGCAUGUUUUAAAGUACACUCGUCUACGGAAGAGAUACAUCACCCAUUAUGCUUCGUUGCUGAAAUCUGAUAUCAGUAGAAUAGUUGUUGAUGAUGAUGAAGAAAUCGAGGCCCUUGAUCGGGAACUUGAUACCGAAGUGAUUUUGCAAUGGAGGAUGUUGGCGCACAAGUUUGUUGAGAGGUCGGUACAGGCAGAAAAUUACUCGAAGAAGCAACAGGCUAAAAGUUCAUGGUGGCCGUUUGGAGGGACGACUCAAGUGUCUGAAGGUGAAGGGGAAUCUGUUCAAUUCACAGACGAAGAUUGGGAACGGUUAAACAAAGUCAUAGGGUACAAAGAAGGUGAUGAGCAAUUAAGUAUCGACAACGCAAAACCUGAUGCUCUCCAUACUUUCUUGGAGGUGCAGAUGAGGCAUAGUGCUUCAAAACUUUAUGAUGGGGAGAAGGAAUGCCUUGCUGAGUUAUCAUGUGAAGGUCUUAAUUGCUCCAUUAAGCUUUUCCCAGAAACAAAGAUCGCUGACAUUAAAUUAGGGAGAUAUCGCUUGUCAUCUCCUAGUGGUCUACUUGCUGAGAGUGCGCCUGCCUCUCACUCUAUACUUGCUGUCUUCUGUUAUAAGCCCUUUGAUGCUAAAGUUGACUGGAGUCUUGUUGCAAAAGCUUCUCCAUGUUAUAUGACUUAUCUAAAGGAUUCCAUUGAUAGAAUUGUCAACUUCUUCGAAAGCAGUACUGCUGUGAGCCAGACGAUAGCUUUAGAAACUGCAGCUGCUGUACAGUCAACUAUUGAUGAAGUUAGACGCACUGCACAAGAAGGAAUGAAUAGAGCAUUGAAAGAUCAUUCACGGUUUUUGCUAGACUUAGAUAUUGCAGCACCCAAAAUAACAAUUCCAACAGAAUUUCGUCCUGAUAAUCAUCGUUCUACAAAGCUUCUUCUAGACUUGGGUAAUUUGGUCAUCCGUUCCCAGGAUGACUAUAAGCAUGAACUGACAGAGGAAAUGGAUAUGUAUCUACAGUUUGAUUUAGUUUUGAGUGAUGUGUCCGCUUUACUUGUUGAUGGUGAUUACUCCUGGAAACAAUCAUCCUCAAAAAGAUCUUCUGGUUCUGGCACGGAGAGCAGUGUAACUUUCUUGCCAGUUAUUGAUAAGUGUGGGGUACUCUUAAAACUUCAGCAGAUUCGUCGACCAAAGCCAUCGUAUCCAUCAACCAGACUUGCUGUGCGGCUACCGUCCUUAGGCUUUCACUUCUCCCCGGCUCGAUACCAUAGGUUGAUGCAAGUCGCACAAAUCUUCCAAACUAAGGAUGAUGAGAGCUCCCACAUUCUUCGUCCAUGGGAGGAAGCCGAUUUCGAGGGGUGGUUAUCUAUUCUUAGCUGGAAGGGAAGAGAAGCUACGUGGCAGCGGCGGUACUUAUGCUUAGUUGGUCCUUUUAUCUACGUGCUCGAAAGUCCUGGCUCAAAAUCUUAUAAGCAGUAUACCAGCUUACGGGGGAAGCAUAUAUACAAAGUUCCUGUGGAGCUUGCUGGAGGAGUAGAGCAUGUCUUGUCCAUUCGUAAUGCUUCUCGGGUCAAUGAGAAGGUUAUGGAGGAUGUAAAUGCAUUGAUAUUGAUGUUUGAUUCUGAAGACUCCAGAAAAACAUGGCACAGCCGUUUGCAGGGUGCUGUCUAUCGGGCCUCGGGUUCUGCUCCCAUAGCCGGUCUUUCUGAUACUUCAUCUGACAGUGAGGAGUCAGAAACAGAACAGAAAGAUCUUUUUGAUUUAUCUAAGUUGGAGAGUGUUUUUGUAACCGGUGUGCUUGAUGAACUCAAAAUAUGUUUCAGUUAUGGUCAUCAGCAUGAUGCUUCUUUCAUGGCGGUGCUUCUUGCCAGAGAGAGUAAAUUGUUCGAGUUUAGGGCCAUAGGUGGGAAGGUUGAAAUUUCGAUGAGAGGGACUGAUAUGUUUAUUGGGACCGUAUUAAAAUCUUUGGAAAUAGAAGAUUUGGUGAGCCAUUCUGGUUUAAAUGAGUCUUGUUAUUUGGCAAGAUCCUUUAUUCAGUCUUCGGAAGUGGUUCCAUCCUUUGAAGAUGCUGAGAGCAGGAGCCCUGAAGGAAAUGAUCCUACUACCAGUGAAGGAGAGGAAAAUUUUUAUGAAGCACCAGAAAUGUUGGUUGACUCCAUUGACUAUACAUCUCUCAAGACCCCUAGUUUUAGUCGUAUUGAUGGGUUGCUCCCUGUCGACAACAUGAAUAUCACUAGUAAUGAGACAACUGAGUCGCUGGAUAGUUUCGUGAAGGCUCAGAUUGUCAUAUACCAUCAGACGUCACCUCAAUAUGAAAACAUUGAUAAUCAGGUUAUGGUAACUUUAGCUACACUAUCGUUUUUCUGUCGAAGGCCAACAAUUCUUGCUAUUUUGGAGUUUGUAAAUGCUAUCAAUGUUGAGGAUCCAAGCUGUGAAUCUUUUGAGGACAAUUCUCCUGUAGCUGGAGAGCAUAGUUCUCCAAGAAGAGAUGGAUUUGAAGUUUCUAGGGAUGCAGCUGUCAAGGGUUUAUUAGGGAAGGGGAAAUCUAGAAUCAUUUUCAACUUGGCAUUGAACAUGGCUCGAGCGCAGAUAUUCCUAAUGAAUGAGAAUGGAACUAAGUUUGCCACAUUGUCACAAGACAAUCUGCUGACAGAUAUUAAGGUCUUCCCAAACUCGUUCAGUAUUACGGCAAGUCUUGGAAAUUUACGAAUCAGUGAUGACAGCCUUCCGGACGACCAUCUCUACUUUUGGAUCUGUGAUAUGCGAGACCCUGGAGGAACUUCUUUUGUUGAGUUGGCUUUUACAUCAUUCAGUACCAUUGAUGAAGAUCAUGAAGGUUUCGACUACUGUCUCUCUGGACAACUUUCUGAAGUGCGCGUUGUUUAUCUGAAUCGCUUUAUUCAAGAGGUUGCUGAAUACUUUAUGGGGCUUGUGCCAAGUGAUUCAAAAGGGGUUGUCAAGAUGAAGGAUCAAUUUACGGACUCAGAGAAGUGGUUUACGACUAGCGAAAUUGAAGGAUCUCCUGCUCUUAAGUUAGAUCUAUCUCUUAAGAAGCCCAUAAUUGUCAUGCCUCGGCACACUGAUAGCCCUGAUUACCUGAAGCUCGAUAUUGUGCAUAUAACUGUGAGCAAUACCUUUCAGUGGUUUGCUGGAGACAAAAAUGAGAUGAACGCAGUUCACGUUGAAACUAUGAAAGUAAUGGUCAUGGAUAUCAACCUUAAUGUUGGUUCUGGAGCUGAAAUAGGUGAAAGCAUAAUUCAAGAUGUGAAGGGGGUUUCUGUAACCAUUAACAGAUCUCUGCGAGAUUUGUUGCAUCAGACACCAAAUAUUGAAGUUUCUAUCGAGAUAGAUGAACUAAGAGCAGCCCUCUCGAAUAGAGAAUACCAGAUCUUGACAGAGUGUGCACAGUCUAAUAUUUCUGAGCUUCCACAUACUGUGCCACCAUUGAGUGGUGAUGUUGUGACAUCUUCAAAAAAGUUACAUGAAAAUCUUACUUCUGAGAAUUCUAAUGCUGCUCAAACAGAAAAAGGUGAUGCAUGGAUUUCAAUGAAGGUUUCUGUUGUCAUUAAUCUGGUGGAGUUGUGUUUGUAUGCUGGGACAGCAAGAGAUGCACCGUUGGCCGCUGUACAGAUCACUGGUGGCUGGCUUCUCUACAAAUCCAAUACACACGAUGAGGGUUUCCUUACUGCAACGUUGAAGGGAUUCAGUGUUAUUGACAACCGUGAAGGAACUGAAAAAGAGUUCAGACUGGCUGUAGGAAGACCUGCAGAUUUAGAUUUUGAAGAGUCACAUUUUCUGACUGAUGAAGAUCAGGGAUUAACUCAGUCACAUGUAACCAAGGAGAGUGAUAUUAGACCCUUUCCUUCGAUGCUCACUCUUGAUGCGCAAUUUGGUCAGUUGUCAACUUUUGUUUCCGUUUCUAUUCAAAGGCCACAGCUGCUUGUAGCUUUGGAUUUUCUACUGGCCGUAGUAGAGUUUUUUGUCCCUACUAUAGGCAGUGUGCUAUCAAGUGAAGAAGAUAAAAACCUUAAUAUGGUCGACGCAAUUAUCAUGGAUAAGUCUAUCUACAAGCAACAAACUGCUGAAGCGUUUCUUUCUCCUCUGGGUCCUUUGAUCGUUGAGGAUGAGAAAUUUGAUAACUUUGUUUAUGAUGGUAAUGGUGGAACGCUAUAUCUGAAAGAUAGAAAUGGAGGCAUCCUUUCUUCACCUAGUACAGAGCCUAUUAUCUAUGUAGGAAGUGGGAAAAGGUUGCAAUUCAGAAAUGUAGUCUUUAAGAAUGGCCAAGUCUUGGAUUCAUGUAUCUCUUUGGGAGCUUGCAGCAGCUAUUCUGUUUCGAGAGAGGAUGGAGUUGAGUUGGAAGUAUAUCAUAAAGCCCCACAACAAGAUUAUGAGAGGAAGGAAGAUAUGAUUUCUCAAUCUCCCAGUACCUCAACAGAGAGGUCCAUGGAAUUGGUCAUUGAGUUCCAGGCUAUUGGCCCAGAACUUACUUUCUACAACACAUCAAAAGACGUAGUUAAAACGCCAUUACUCUCCAACAAACUUUUGCAUGCUCAGUUGGAUGCUUAUGGCAGGGUUGUCAUAAAGAAUGAUGAAAUUGAAAUGAGUGCUCAUACGUUGGGUCUAACCAUGGAGAGUAAUGGAGUGAAAAUUUUGGAACCUUUUGACACCUCUGUAAAGUAUUCAAGUGUUUCUGGGAAGACUAACAUACGCCUUUCAGUUUCAAACAUAUUUAUGAACUUUUCAUUCAGCAUCUUGAGAUUGUUUAUAGCUGUUGAAGAAGAUAUUUUAUCAUUUCUAAGGAUGACAUCCAGAAAAAUGACUGUCGUCUGCUCAGAGUUUGAUAAAAUUGGGACCAUCAGGAAUCCCUAUACAGAUCAAAUAUAUGCAUUCUGGAGACCCCAUCCACCCCCUGGUUUUGCAAGUCUUGGCGACUAUUUGACACCAUUGGACAAGCCACCAACUAAAGGGGUUCUUGUUGUCAACACCAAUUUGAUGAGAGUGAAGAGGCCUCUAUCUUUCAAACCGAUUUGGUCACGUUUAGACAAAGAUGAAGGAGAUAAUUCAUGUUCCAUUUGGUUCCCUGAAGCACCAAAGGGUUAUGUGGCAUUAGGCUGUGUGGUAUCAAGUGGAAGUAUGCCGCCUUCACUGUCCUCUGCCUUUUGCAUCCUGGCUUCUUCUGUUUCCCCUUGUUCUCUCAGAGAUUGUAUCGCUAUCAGCUCCACAGAUAUGUAUGAACCUCCAAACUCUUGUGUGGUUCUUCAUGAUACUACCGAGCAAGAGAUCCUCAGAGCCCCUGUUGAUUUCCAACUUGUUGGACGUGUCAAGAAACACAGGGGAGUAGAAAGUAUAUCUUUCUGGAUGCCUCAAGCACCACCGGGUUUUGUUUCUAUGGGUUGUGUUGCAUGUAAAGGCUCUCCAAAACCAUAUCAUUUCACCAAAUUAAGAUGCGCUCGUAGCGAUAUGGUAGCUGGUGAUCAUUUUGCUGAAGAUAGUUUGUGGGAUACUUCUGAUUUCUGGCAGAGGGCAGAACCAUUUAGUAUAUGGAGCAUAGGCAAUGAGUUGAAGACCUUUAUUGUCCGUAGUGGUUUGAAAAAACCACCAAGGAGAUUUGCGUUAAAGCUAGCAGACCAGGAUUUGCCUGGGGGGACUGAUAACAUGGUCAUUCAUGCUGAAAUUGGGACUUUUUCUGCUGCACUUUUUGAUGACUACGGGGGACUGAUGGUUCCAUUGGUUAACAUAUCUUUGAACAAUAUAAGUUUUGGAUUACUUGGCAAAACCGACUACACAAAUUCAACCAUCAACUUCUCCUUAGCGGCCAGGUCAUAUAAUGAUAAAUAUGAAGCAUGGGAGCCUUUCAUUGAGCCUGCAGACGGAUUCUUAAGGUACCAGUUCAAUCCUAGAUCCUACGGUGCGGUUUCUCAGUUACGCUUGACAUCUACAAAGGACUUGAAUGUGAAUGUCUCAGUUUCAAAUGCUAAUACAAUUAUCCAGGCGUAUUCUAGUUGGAACAGUCUUAGCAACGUCCAUGAAUACCAUAAAGAGAGGAGCAUUUCCUCUAGUUGACAAUGGAAAAUCUGUCAUUGAGGUGCACCAGAAGAAAAACUAUUUCAUAAUACCACAAAACAAGCUUGGACAGGAUAUAUAUAUCAGAGCAACUGAAAUCAAAGGAUUUAAGGAUAUUGUAAAGAUGCCAUCUGGGGACAUAAGACCCGUAAAAGUUCCUGUCUUGACCAAUAUGUUGGAUUCUCACCUCAGAGGAGACCUAUGCAGGAACCCUAGAAUAAUGGUUACAGUUAUUUUGAUUGAUGCGCAGCUUCCAAGAACUUCUGGAUUAUCUUCUCAUCAAUACACUGGAAUCAUACGCUUGUCUCCCAAUCAGACCUCCCCAGUUGAAUCAGUGCUUCGUCAACAAAGUGCACGUACCUGUGGAAGUGUCUCAAAUAUGUUAUCCUCUGAGCUGGAACUGGUUAACUGGAGUGAAAUAUUUUUCUUCAGAAUUGAAUCUCUGGAGGACUCUAUCUUGGAAUUAAUAGUGACAGACGUUGGAAAAGGUGCGACUGUUGGGACUUUUUCGGCUCCUUUAAAGCAGAUAGCACGAUAUAUGAAGGACAACCUACACCAGCACAAUUAUGCCAAUGACCUUGUCUGGUUAGACUUGUCUACAACUGAAACCACGGGCAUGAACCAAGGGGAACAGAGAAAGAACUGUGGAAAAAUAAGAUGUGCUAUACUGUUGCCAGCAAAGUCUAAUGUGGUGGACCAAAGCAAAUCCUCCACUGAAAAAAAAUCUGGAUUUCUUCAAGUAAGUCCUAGCAUUGAGGGUCCUUGGACGACAGUGAGGCUGAAUUAUGCUGCACCUGCUGCUUGUUGGCGGUUGGGAAACGAUGUAGUUGCAAGUGAAGUUAGUAUGCAGGGUGGAAACAGAUACGUAAAUGUCAGGUCUCUAGUUUCGGUGGAGAACAAUACUGACUUCCUAUUGGAUUUCUGCCUGCAGUCUAAAGUCAAUUCAAUACCAGAUAUUCCAAUUGGGUUACUGAAAUCCGGUGAUAUGUUGCCGGUUCCCUUAUCAGGAUUGGCACAGUCUGCAUCUUAUGUUCUGAAGCUGAAGUGUGUAAUGCCUGAUGGUUCUGAUGUAUAUUCUUGGAGUUCUGUGGUUUCAAGGCCAGGGGAACCAGAGACUGCUUGUGAAUCAGAGUCUGAAAUAUGUAUAUCGGCUCUUGCUGAAUCUGAGCACCUGCUAUGUUGUACUCAGAUAAGCAGUACCUCUGGAGAUAAUAAAAAAUUGUGGUUCUGUUUGAACAUCCAAGCAACAGAAAUUGCAAAGGACAUACGUUCGGAUCCUAUUCAAGAUUGGACUCUUGUGGUUAAAUCACCGUUUUCUAUAGCAAAUUGUCUUCCAUUUGGAGCUGAGUACUCAGUACUAGAGAUGCAAGCCAGUGGUCAUUUUAUUUGUCGCUGUAGAAGUGUCUUUGGCUCUGGGGAAACUGUGAAGGUGUAUAGUGUCGAUAUAAGGAACAAAUUAUAUUUUUCUUUGCUGCCACAAAGAGGGUGGCUACCAAUGGAUGAAGCUGUCCUUGUAUCUCACCCCAAUGGUGUCCCUGCGAAGACAAUUGGACUCAGAAGUUCUGCCACUGGAAGGGUUGCUCAAGUAAUACUGGAACAAAACUACGAUGAACAGCAAAAAGUUUUGUCGAAGAUGAUCAGACUCUACGCUCCGUUCUGGUUUUCGAUUGCGAGGUGUCCCUCACUUACCCUGAGACUUCUGGAUCUGUCAGGGAAGAAGCAAACAAGAAAAGUUGGUCUUCCAUUUCGAAACAAAAAGAAUGACGAAGUAGUCCUGGAGGAGGUAACUGAAGAAGAAAUAUAUGAAGGUCAUACAAUUGCUUCUACUUUGAAUUUCAAACUUCUGGGCCUGUCAGUGUCUAUAUCUCAGUUUGGCAAUCAGCAACAUGGUCCUGCAAAAGAUCUUUCUGCUCUUGGUGACAUGGAUGGAUCUUUGGAUGUUGAUGCUUAUGAUCCCGAUGGAAAAUGCAUGCGGCUAUUUUUAUCUACAAAACCUUGCACUUACCAGUCAGUUCCUACAAAGAUCAUAUCUGUUCGACCAUUCAUGACUUUCACCAACAGGAUCGGUGAAGACAUAUAUAUUAAACUGAACAGUGCAGAUGAACCAAAAGUACUCCAUGCUUAUGAUUCGAGGGUCUCCUUUGUUUUCCAGCCAAGUGGUAGAGAUGAACUCCAGGUCCGAUUAAGAGAAACAGAGUGGUCAUUUCCCGUUCAAGUUACUCGAGAGGACACAAUUGUUCUUGUAUUAAAGAGUCACAAUGGUGCACGGAGACUUGUGAAAGCAGAGAUACGGGGAUUUGAAGAAGGGUCACGUUUUAUAGUUGUAUUUCGACUUGGACCAAGCAACGGUCCUAUGAGGAUUGAAAAUAGAUCAACUGUCAAAAGCGUCAGUGUUCGCCAAUCUGGUUUUGAUGAAGAUUCGUGGGUUUUGUUGGAACCCCUUACAACAGCAAAUUUUGCUUGGGAAGAUCCUUAUGGUCAGAAAUUCUUGGAUGCUAAGGUUGAAAGUGAUCACCGCUCUGGCGUUUUCAAACUAGACAUGGAAAAAGGUGUUGUGGAUUCUGAAUUGUUUAGGGAGUUAGAAGUGAACUUUCAUGUUCAAGAAAUUGGUGAUAUCAAGAUUGCUAGAUUCACCGAUGAUGACAGUACUUCACAGAGUCCUAACGAAAUCAUAUCUUUGACAUCGAUUGGGAAUCAUGAAUAUUCUACUCCUCAGACACCUACAGAACACAAAACCACCACUCUGGAGUUCAUAAUUGAAAUGGGACUAGUGGGGAUCUCUCUUGUGGAUCACAUACCGAAAGAACUAUCAUACUUUUACCUUGAAAGAGUUUUUGUAUCUUACUCCACUGGGUAUGAUGAGGGAAGAACUAGCAGGUUCAAAAUCAUUCUGGGUCAUUUACAGAUUGAUAACCAGCUACCUCUAACUUUAAUGCCAGUACUAUUGGCACCAGAUAACACCGGAGAUAGUCAUCAACCAGUGCUUAAGAUGACAAUUACAAUGUGUAAUGAAGAAACUGAUGGCAUUCAAGUGUAUCCAUAUGUGUAUGUACGGGUGACAGAUAAUACCUGGCGACUAAACAUUCACGAGCCUAUCAUUUGGGCGUCGGCUGACUUCUACAAUAAGCUUCAGAUGGACCGUCUCCCCAAAAGUUCUAGUGUCGCGCAAGUUGAUCCUGAGAUACAUAUAAACCUCAUAGAUGUUUCGGAGGUAAGGCUAAAGGUCUCACUGGAAACAGCGCCAGCUCAGAGGCCUCAUGGAAUUCUUGGUGUUUGGAGCCCCAUUUUGUCCGCUGUUGGAAAUGCAUUCAAAAUUCAGGUCCAUCUUAGGAGAGUAAUGCACAGAGAUCGGUUUAUACGGAAAAGUUCAAUCGUUCCAGCCAUCGGGAAUCGCAUAUGGAGAGAUUUGAUCCACAAUCCCUUACAUUUGAUAUUCUCAGUAGAUGUUUUUGGUAUGACUAGCUCAACACUAGCUUCUCUUAGCAAAGGGUUUGCUGAGCUUUCAACUGAUGGUCAAUUCAUGCAACUACGGGCAAAACAGGUUUGGUCGAGGAGGAUCACCGGUGUAGGUGAUGCAUUUGUUCAAGGAACAGAAGCCCUAGCACAAGGUGUUGCCUUUGGGGUAACAGGAGUUGUUACAAAGCCUGUAGAGAGCGCUCGACAAAAUGGAAUUCUAGGGUUUGCCCAUGGGGUAGGACGGGCUUUCCUAGGAUUUAUCGUACAACCAGUGAGUGGUGCAUUAGAUUUUUUCUCAUUGACUGUCGAUGGAAUUGGAGCAAGUUGUACCAGAUGUUUGGAGGUUUUGAGCAACAGGACCGCCUUGGAGAGAAUUAGAAAUCCCCGUGCUGUUCAUGCUGAUGGUAUACUCAGGGAAUAUGAUGAGAAGGAAGCUAUAGGCCAGAUGCUUCUUCACCUCGCAGAAGCAAGUCGGCAUUUUGGCUGUACAGAAAUAUUCAGGGAACCCUCAAAAUUCGCUUUGUCUGAUUGCUAUGAAGAGCAUUUCCUUGUUCCAUACAAACGCAUUGUCAUGGUGACCAACAAGAGAGUUGUGUUAUUACAGUGCUCUGAUAUGGAUAAGAUGGAUAAGAAACCCAGCAAGAUCAUGUGGGAUGUGCCUUGGGAGGAACUUAUGGCGUUGGAAUUGGCAAAGGCAGGUAGCCAAAGGCCCUCGCAUCUCAUACUGCAUCUCAAGAGUUUUCGGAAGUCAGAGAGUUUUGCUCGGGUUAUAAAGUGCAGCGUGCCAGAAGAAUCAGAUGGACUAGAACCCCAAGCUGUUAGAAUCUGUUCAGUAGUGCGCAAAAUGUGGAAAGCAUAUCAGUCUAACAUGAAAAAUCUUGUUCUCAAGGUUCCUUCAAGCCAGAGGCAUGUGUAUUUUGCUUGGAAUGAGGCUGAUGGAAGAGACUCAAAAACAUACAAAAACAAAGCCAUUGUUAAAUCGAGAGAACUUUCUUCUUCAAGCUCUGCCUCAGAUGAUAAAAAACUUGUCAAACAUAGUAUCAACUUCUCAAAAAUCUGGAGUAGUGAGCGAGAAUCCAAAGGGCGAUGUUCUUUGUGUAAAAAGCAGGAUUCGGAGGAUGGAGGAGUGUGCACUAUCUGGAGACCCAGUUGUCCAGAGGGAUUCGUGUCAGUGGGUGAUGUAGCUCAUGUCGGUAGCCAUCCCCCAAAUGUUGCUGCUGUUUACAAUAACUCCAAUCGAGUGUUUGCACUUCCAGUGGGUUAUGACCUUGUGUGGAGAAAUUGCUUAGAUGAUUACGUAAAUCCUGUAUCGAUCUGGCAUCCGCGGGCUCCUGAGGGAUUCAUAUCUCCUGGAUGUGUUGCAGUGGCUGGUUUCGUUGAGCCAGAGCUCAACACAGUCUAUUGCAUGCCAACGUCUCUGGCCGAGCAGACUGAGUUUGAGGAACAGAAGGUUUGGUCGGCACCUGACUCGUACCCAUGGGCUUGUCACAUUUACCAGGUUCGGAGUGAUGCACUUCACUUCAUGGCUCUGAGACAGACUAAAGAGGACUCUGACUGGAGAGCCGUUAGAGUUCGAGAUGAUUACAGAUCCUUGGAAUUUGAAUCGGCAAGGAAUUUGCGUAUAGAAUGA